AUGAAUCUCUUAUCACUUCUUCUUCCUCUUUUUCUGUCACUAAACCUCUCCUCCGCUCAACUCCGCCGUAAUUUUUACGCCGGAAGUUUCCCCAACGUCGAACAAAUAGUCAGAAACGCCCUUGGACAAAAAAUCCAACAAUCUUCCAUCACUGUUCCCGUCGUUCUCCGUCUCUACUUCCAUGAUUGUUUCGUCAAUGGUUGUGAUGCAUCGGUGAUGAUAGAGUCUACUAAAUAUAAUAAAGCGGAGAAGGAUCAUCCUGACAAUCUAUCAUUAUCAGGAGAUGGAUUUGACGCCAUCGUUAAAGCCAAACAAGCUCUUGACGCCGUUCCAAAUUGUCGUAACAAAGUUUCUUGCGCCGAUAUUAUCACGAUAGCCACGCGUGACGUUGUUAAUAUUGUUGGUGGACCAUGGUACGACGUGGAAUUGGGGAGGUUGGAUGGUCUAUCCUCGACUGCGGCUAGUGUCGAGGGAAUGCUACCACAACCAACCGACGAUGUUAACAAACUCACUUCACAUUUUGCCAAAAACGGGCUUAGUCUUGACGAUAUGUUUGCUCUAUCCGCUACACACACGAUUGGACUUGCUCAUUGCACCAAUGUCUUGGAUAGGAUUCACGGUGUCAAAAAAGACCCGAGUAUAAACGCUACUUACUUACCACAACUCAAAGAUUUGUGCCCUAAAGACGUCGAUCCGCGCAAAGAGAUAUUUAUGGAUCCAAUAACACCGGGAAAAUUUGACAACGUAUACUAUCAAAACUUGCAGCAAGGCAGAGGAUUAUUCAAGUCUGACCAAGCUUUGUUCACCGAUCCUAGGUCCAAGCCUACUGUUAACUUAUGGGCUAGUAAUGGACAGUUGUAUAAUCAAGCUUUCGUUAAUUAA